CGGCUUCGCCUCCAGUCCUCGGGGGUACUGUACGGCCCAGUCACUCCCGCCUCGACACCCCCGCCAGGUUUCCCUCGCCCUUUCCGGCCGGGGCUGGUCGCGACUGCGCGCGCAGGGCCUCAGCGGGCGCCGGAGGGAAGGGGAAGCGGGUAGUAACAGAUUAUGGGCCACAGUCCUUUUAAUUAAUCUACUGUCAUCAUGGCUAAUGAGGGCUGUCCCAAGGCUGCUGAUAGUCCUUUUUCAUCAGAUAAACAUGCCCAACUCAUCUUGGCCCAAAUCAAUAAGAUGAGAAAUGGACAGCAUUUCUGUGAUGUGCAGCUGCAAGUUGGACAGGAAAGUUUUAAAGCUCAUCGGCUGGUUUUGGCUGCCAGCAGUCCUUACUUUGCAGCUUUGUUCACUGGAGGAAUGAAAGAGUCCUCAAAAGAUGUUGUACCGAUUCUAGGAAUUGAAGCAGGAAUCUUUCAGAUACUUCUAGAUUUCAUUUACACAGGUAUAGUGAACAUAGGUGUGAAUAAUGUCCAGGAGUUGAUUAUUGCAGCAGACAUGCUACAGUUGACUGAAGUUGUUCAUCUUUGCUGUGAAUUUCUGAAAGGACAAAUUGAUCCACUGAACUGCAUUGGAAUUUUUCAGUUCUCUGAGCAAAUUGCAUGCCAUGAUCUCUUGGAAUUCUCAGAAGACUACAUUCAUGUCCAUUUCUUAGAGGUUCAUAGUGGAGAAGAGUUCCUGGCACUUACGAAAGAUCAACUGAUCAAAAUUUUGCGAAGUGAAGAGCUUAGCAUUGAGGAUGAAUACCAGGUCUUCUUAGCUGCAAUGCAAUGGAUUCUGAAAGAUUUGGGAAAAAGAAGAAAAUACGUGGUGGAAGUGCUAGACCCAAUUCGAUUCCCUUUAUUACCUCCUCAGAGACUUUUAAAGUACAUAGAAGGAAUAUCCGAUUUUAAUCUUCGUGUUGCAUUGCAAACACUUCUGAAAGAGUACUGUGAAGUAUGCAAAUCUCCCAAAGAGAACAAGUUUUGUAGUUUUCUGCAGACAUCUAAGGUUCGACCUCGGAAGAAAGCAAGAAAGUACCUGUAUGCAGUAGGUGGAUAUACUCGGUUGCAGGGGGGUCGCUGGAGUGAUAGCAGAGCCCUCAGCUGUGUAGAACGUUUUGACACCUUUAGCCAGUACUGGACCACUGUGUCUUCACUUCAUCAGGCUCGAAGUGGACUGGGAGUAACAGUUCUGGGAGGGAUGGUCUACGCUGUUGGAGGUGAAAAGGAUUCAAUGAUUUUUGAUUGUACUGAAUGCUAUGAUCCAGUUACUAAACAGUGGACAACUGUAGCUUCGAUGAAUCAUCCCCGCUGCGGCUUAGGAGUGUGUGUGUGUUAUGGGGCUAUCUAUGCUUUGGGUGGAUGGGUUGGAGCUGAGAUAGGGAACACCAUUGAACGAUUUGAUCCUGAUGAAAAUAAAUGGGAAGUAGUUGGUAACAUGGCUGUGUCACGCUACUACUUUGGGUGCUGUGAAAUGCAAGGUUUAAUUUAUGUAAUUGGGGGCAUCAGCAAUGAAGGAAUAGAACUUCGUUCUUUUGAAGUCUAUGAUCCACUUUCUAAGCGUUGGUCUCCACUUCCUCCAAUGGGAACCCGGAGAGCAUAUCUUGGUGUGGCUGCACUCAAUGACUGCAUCUAUUCUAUUGGAGGAUGGAAUGAGACCCAAGAUGCUCUUCAUACUGUAGAAAAAUAUUCCUUUGAAGAGGAAAAGUGGGUUGAAGUUGCCUCAAUGAAAGUGCCUAGAGCAGGCAUGUGUGUUGUGGCAGUCAAUGGUCUUCUGUAUGUUUCUGGAGGUCGAUCUUCUAGCCAUGAUUUUUUGGCUCCAGAUACUCACAGAUACGAGGUUUUCCGCUUGAAGUGGGAGAAUAUGUGCAUUCUUUUCAAUGAUCACAAGACUCUAACAAAGGGGAUUUUUAAUCUUAAUUUUCAAGACCGUUAAAAUAUUGAAAUGUUUAAGUGGAUAACUAUAUUAUUCAUAAAAUGAAUGAGUGAAAACUAAUAUACUAUGAGAUGAAAA